CCGGCAGUGCUAAGUCUCGCGGCGGGGUCCGGCUCUGCCCGCUGCCGCUGGGCCGGGGCCGAGGCCGGGCGAUGGAGGCAGCCUGGCGCCAGGCCGGCCGGGGCCGGGGCCGGGGCCGGGGCCGGGCGCGGGGCCCAGCGGGCGGCGGGGGGGUCCGGCCCGCGCCCGGGAGGGGCAGAGCGGCAGGGCUGAGCGCGACAGGAGGCGGCAGCGUUCCCCUGGGGACCGGCGAAUUAUCUUCAAAGAAGAAAUUUGAAGAAAUUAAGAAGGCUAAUCAAGCUGCAGCAAAAAAGCUUGUUGAAGACCAAUAUAGUUCUUCAUCUGAGGAGGAUGAUGAUGAAGAUGAUGAUAUUGAUGGAAAGCAUGGACAGAUUUUGGCCAAAACAUUCACAACCUAUACUAAUCAAACUGAUGGAGAUGCAAGUGAACUGGAACGUACAAGACAAUACGUGAAUGAAGCUUUUCAGUCUGGAGCUAUGACAUGCUUGAUUUGUAUUGCUUCGAUUAAAAGAAAUCAAGCUGUAUGGAGCUGCUUUGGCUGUUUCUGCAUAUUUCACCUGCCUUGUAUCCAAAAGUGGGCUAAGGACAGUGUUUUUCUCAUAUCGUCUCCCUUGACAGAUGAUGAUUUUGGGAAGAAGGAUUAUCCAUGGCCUUGUCCAAAAUGUAGGUUUGAGUACAAGCGAUCUGAAACUCCUACUAGAUACUACUGUUACUGUGGAAAAGUGGAGGAUCCAGUAUUGGACCCUUGGCUGGUACCACACUCGUGUGGCCAAGUAUGUGAGAGGGAGUUCAAGCCUCCUUGUGGACAUAAAUGCCUGCUCCUCUGUCACCCAGGUCCUUGUCCUCCUUGCCCAAAGAUGGUCACAACAACCUGUUAUUGCAAGAAGGCUAAGCCUAUACCACGAAGGUGCAGUACCAAAGAAUGGUCAUGUCAGUUGCCAUGUGGCCGAAAAUUGCCAUGUGGACAGCACAGUUGUGAGAACCCUUGUCAUCCAGGAAAUUGUCAACCUUGUCCACGAGUCAGUAAACAGCGAUGUGUUUGUGGUAGACAAAUAGCAGAACGACUUUGUGCAAGCCCGUUGUGGCAGUGUGACCAGGUAUGUAGAAGAACAUUGCCUUGCGGUAAUCACACAUGUGAACAAGUUUGCCAUUCUGGUUCCUGUGGAGAAUGUCCUCGAACUGGGAAACGGUCCUGUCCAUGUGAAAAGACAAAGUUUAUUUUCCCCUGUACGGAAGAUGUUCCUACGUGUGGGGAUAGUUGUGACAAAGUCCUAGAAUGUGGAAUUCAUAAAUGUUCACAGCGCUGUCAUCGAGGUCCUUGUGAAACAUGUAGACAGGAAGUUGAAAAGCAAUGUCGUUGUGGAAAGCAUACUAAGCUCAUGCCAUGCCAUAAGCCAUAUUUAUGUGAGACAAAGUGUACUAAAAUUCGUGAUUGUCAAAAGCACCAGUGUAAGAGAAAGUGUUGUCCUGGAAACUGUCCACCUUGUGAUCAAGCAUGUGGACGGACUUUAGGCUGUAGAAAUCACAAAUGUCCUUCAGUCUGCCACAGAGGUAGUUGCUACCCAUGUCCAGAAAUAGUAGAUGUGAAAUGCAAUUGCAGCAAAACUGUUUUAAAGGUACCAUGUGGCAGAGAACGUACCACCAAACCUCCCAGAUGCAGAGAGUUGUGCAGUCGGCUGCCUACCUGCCAUCAUCCUAGCCAAGAGAAACACAAUUGUCACUUUGGCCUAUGCCCUCCAUGUCGUCAGCCCUGCCAGAAGGGAUUAAAGUGUGGUCACUUUUGUCCUGUGUCUUGUCAUGAUGAAGCCCUUGUGAAGCAAACUGGCUUGCAUCAGCCUGUGGGACCUUGGGAACAGCCAUCUGAACCAGCUUUUAUUCAGACUGCAUUACCUUGCCCCCCAUGUCAGGUGCCUAUACCUAUGGAGUGUUUUGGGCAGCAUGAGGUGAGCCCAUUACCGUGUCACUCUGUAGGACCCUACUCCUGUAAAAGAUUUUGUGGACGGCUCCUUGACUGUCAAAAUCAUACCUGCGUGAAAGAAUGUCACAGAGUUACCAGUGUAAAUGGUAACACUGACAAGCAGAAGGCAGGUCCAGAAUGUCUGCAGUGUGAAGAGGAGUGUACCAAACCACGACCACCUGGCUGUCCUCACCGAUGCAUCUUGCCAUGUCAUCCUGGGGAGUGUCCACCGUGUAUUCAAAUGCUGAAAAUAAAGUGUCACUGCAAACUCUUAAACCUGUAUAUUGAGUGCAUAAAAAUAACUUGUGCUGACUUGAAAGAGAAGGACCUCCUUACUUCUUGCCAAAAUCAGUGUCCAAAAGAGUUGCCCUGUGGCCAUCGAUGUAAAGAGACUUGCCAUCCAGGUGACUGUCCUGGAAAUUGCAAUCAGAAGGUUAAACUCAGAUGUCCUUGCAAGAGAAUUAAAAAGGAAUUGCAAUGCAACAAGGUACAAGAAGGCCAGGUUUCACUAGAAUGUGACGCAUUAUGCAAGGAAAUGAAACGGAAAGCAUCUGAGAUAAAAGAAGCAGAAGCCAAAGCUGCUGUUGAAGAAGAAAAGCGAAGACAACAGGCUGAAUUGGAAGCUUUUGAAAACAGGUUAAAAGGACGACGGAAAAAUAAGAGGAAAAGGGAUGAAGCAGAAACCGAGCAAUCGAUGUGGGAAAAAUAUAAGCGUUUCAUCAUGCUGUCAAUAUGUGGAGUUGCUGUUGUGAUACUUGCCUGGAUCAUAGCCUACAACCAUUGAAAUAACUUUAGGUCUAUUUUAAUAUACCUCACUUGGGCAUUAGAUAGCUAGUAUUGCUAGAGUGUUAGCCUGCCCUCUGGGCUUCAGAUUCAUGGUUAUGUUGUAUAUUUUCUCCUACCAAUUUAUUAUCAUCAUGAUGGGGGAAAAACGAACCCCAUCAUGAUCUUAACUAGUGACACAAAAAUGUGAAUUAAACUUCCGAGUAACAAAGUAGCAUGCUAUAAAGUUGUACACUCAGUUGCUCAUGUCAUAUAUUAUCUUGCCCAAUUUGACCAAAUUAUAUUAAUAUAUGGUAUUAUUUCUCAUUGUCCCUACUUUAUAAUACUAGCAUAGUUUAAUUUAGUUGCUUUACUUCAUAUUAGGAUGUUUGUAAAAUACAGCUGAAUCAAGUUCUGUUUGCAGUAAAAUCAGUACAGUAUUUUUCUCUUUAAAAGACUCUUGGUUUGCUUUCAAACUAGUUAAACCUUAAGUCACACAAAAGAAAAUAACUUCUGUGCUUCUUGGUGACUUGUGGUCUCGAGAUAGUCUAGAAAAUUCAUAAAUUGUAUUGCCUUAUCUCAGAUGAUAAUGCAAAACCUUAAAAUCUGAAGGGGAAAUGUCACCUUUCUUCAUAAAAAAAUCUUUUGAACUAGAUCCAUCACAAGCAGUGAAAUGGGCUUGUUUUAUUACUUGUCAUAUACUAUCUUGCUGUGCCUCAAAAUCAAACCUAUUUGAAAGGCAGCAUUUAGUAUAACUUUGUGGUGAUUAGUGAUCACCUGGGAAGCAGUCUGAUGGAAUGGAAGUCUUAACCAGGGAAAGGGCACAUUCUCCUCAUUGUUCCUAAGUUAUCAGUCAAAAUGGAUAGUGGGACACUGAAGAUGAAGCAUCUGCAGAUGAUUCAGGUUAAAUGUUGGGUUUGAAUCUUUGUAGAGAUGUAUGAAAGUGCAAACGGACUGAAAUUUACUUAAAUGUCAACUAUACGUAGUUCUAAAGCCAUUUGAAUAGUUCUUGUUAGUCAUAUUAGAAAUGUCCGGCUAACCUUUAAAACAUUUAAUAUAAUUGCAUUAUCUAAUGGACGGUCUUAAAUACGUUGCCUUUGGGGGUUUGUUUUUUUUGUUGUAAAUUGAAGGAUGCUGUUAAUUUGUAAUGCUCAAAAUGUUGACUAAUCUUGAAAAUUAUAUGAGAAAUAGCUUUGCUUCAGAUGAAGAAAUACAAAUUAACUAGGAAAUUGGAUUUCUAUCUCUGCUAUAUUUUUACUUCUGAUGCUUAUACUUAAGCAAAGCAGAAAUUGAAUAGUGUUCAGUGAUUCCCUCCCCCCAACAAUUUCUUCCCCUAACCUUCCACUAAAGGCAUGAGCCUGUUCCCACGUCCUGGAUGUAUAACUCAGACAUAUAUCUGUCCUGCUGAGGGCAGGAGACCACUUACAUGAGUAAUGAGGAAGGAUUGCAGUUAGGUUCAAAAUUGGUCUUUUUCAUAGGAUGGAUUAUAAUUCAGGGUACUGUAAUCAUUAUGGGAAAAGGUGGUUUAUAUCCAAUUAUAAUUGUGGCUUGACAGUCAGAAAAUUGUGGGGUGGGAGGAGGCAGAAAAACAGUGCAGUUUUCAGUUUGCAUUUACUAUUUUUUUCUAACUGGCUAACUUCUUAACUGGAAGCUUAAAAAAUGUACAACUGGUCAUCAUUAUAUGGCAAGCAAUGCAAGUAUGUACAGUUAAUGAAAAAUAUGUUAGGUAUGAAAGACUUAUGAAAUCUGUGCUUGUUUUGUUCCACUUGUUUUGUUUUUAAACGCAUUCAUUUAACAGCGUAAGGGAAGAAAAUUCUCUCCUGGUUAGUACUUCAAUAUUUUCCUAUAGCACUGAUGAGAGAGAGAUUAAUCCAGAUUCAUGCCUGAACAAGUAGACUUUGGUCUUUGAUUCAAUGAGGAAAUAGCACUUGUAACAAUUUAUUAGUAAUUCACUUAUGCAUCUAAAAAAAGGAAGGAUUUUUCUUUAAACCAGGGUAGUCUGCUCUGUUUCUUAUUUGCUGUGGAACUGAUCAUAUCAAUGUGAGGUGAGGCUUUGCUGAAGUAGUUUUUACCUUGCCUGAAAUUAGCUCAUUUUUAUUUGUUUACUUUUGGCUCUUUCUUUAUUAAAACAAGUACCCUAAAGUUUCUGUCUGCCAUUUAGUACUCCUGUUGUGAAGAAAAUUACUUUCUCUAAAGAAACUGUUUGAAAAUAAACUGACCCUUGUUAUAUGUUUUGAGUAGAUACCUUGGUGUUUCCUUGCUUUGAAUAUUUUGUGGCAAGUUGAUGUAAAAAUAUUGGAGGGAAAAUGAUUUGGCAUCUUUAUUGAUCAUGUUAAAUAUUUGUAUUUCUUAAUUGUCUUGGUUGGAAAACACACUGCAAGGACUAUUCCUAUUCUGAGGCAGAGAAACUUAUUAUUUUUGACAUUUUGUCCAUCUUAAGUAUAAUUUAAUUGUUAAAAAGCAUUUGAGUCAUCUGCACUCUCAGUUGGUAUGCCUACUACAAGCAGCGCCUGUUGAAUUCGAUAUUUCUGGAUUUUUGCACCAUGGAGUGUGUGGGUUAAAACAAUCUGCAGUUUAGAUUACUGGCUUUUCUUCCACUUAUGUCCUCACCUGUUAAUUCCUUAUAGUUUAAUGUUGAUUGGGGAGACUUUUCUAUUUGCAACGGUAAUUUGGAAAUAAAACAGACAUAUACAAACUGAAAGAUCAUAAAUGCAUUACUUGAAUUACUGUGCAAGAAAAAUACUGAAUUGAACCUAGGUAUUUGUCACAAUUUAAAUGGUACGUUAUUUAUGUGGUGAUAAAAUAAAUAUUGAGAACUUUA